CAUGCUCAUAAUGUCAAAUCAAGAAGUCAACGGUUUUCAAAACUUUGAUGGUUAAUAAAUUUGUAAUUCGUGUUAAUUUCUGUGUUUAUGGUCCAAAACUUGAAGCAAUCUUAUAAAUCAAUAGAACUUACGUAAGAUUUGCUUAUUCGUGAGUUGUUUUUUGAUUCUAUCAAAGAAAUAUGAUGUCUGUUGACCAAAAUGAAGAAAAUGGAAGGGAGCAGAAUGACGAGGACUUCAGCAAACUUCCGUUCAAGUUGCCAGAAAAUCUUCCUCCAAAAGUUCGUGAGCAUGCAUUGAAACUAUAUAAAAUGGCUCUGGAAAGAAAAAGAAAACCCUUCACAUUAAAAGACUUUGAAAUUGGUAAACCAUUGGGCAGGGGAAAAUUCGGUAGAGUGUAUAUGGCCAGAGAAAAAAAAACUCAUACAAUUUUUGCUUUAAAAACUAUUUUCAAGUCUGAACUACAUAAAGGCAACAUGGAGCAUCAGGUUAUACGCGAGGUUGAGAUUCACAGUCGUUUACAUCAUCCCAACAUAAUUAGUAUGUUCACAUAUUUUGCCGAUGAGAAGAGAAUAUUCCUUGUCCUUGAAUAUGCGGGCAAAGGAGAGCUGUACAGGCAUUUGCAAAGUUCGCCUUAUAAACGAUUUCCAGAGAAUCUCUCAGCAAAGUACAUCUAUGAGGUUGCUGAUGCACUUCACUACUGCCAUCUCAACAAAGUUAUCCAUAGGGACAUAAAACCGGAGAACAUAUUGCUGACAUAUGAUGGCCGGAUCAAGCUGUCCGAUUUCGGGUGGUCGGUGCAUACGCCUUCACUGAAGCGCAAGACCAUGUGUGGAACACUCGACUAUCUGCCGCCUGAGAUGGUGAAAAACAGAAGCUACAACGAAUACGUGGACAACUGGUGCGUUGGCGUACUCUGUUUCGAAUUCCUUGUUGGCUUUCCCCCAUUUGAAAGUAAAACCAAUGACGAGACAUUCAAGAAGAUCUGUGCUGUAGAUGUUCGCUAUCCGGCUUUCAUCAGCUCAGGUGCUAAAGACCUGAUAUCCAAAUUGCUUCAAAAAGAUCCCAAAAAUAGGCUUCCACUACCAAGCGUUUUGACUCAUGAGUGGGUCGUCUCUAAGAAGAGAACACUCAAGGCUGAUUAGUUGAAGCAUUUUAAAAAUCGUUCACUGGUUCUUAUUUGUUGAUGGAUCUGAUCCAUCACAGCCUUAUUUUAAUAUAGUUAUUUAAUAUGUAUUUUAAUAGCUAAUAAAUAUUAUAUUGCAAUCAAUAUACAGUUUCAAUGCUUUACUUUCCGAAAUUUAUCUAAUGAAGGUAACUCUGUUGUAUUUGAAUCCUCAAUGAAAUGGCUGGGAUACAUAAAAAUAGUUAUGCAUUAAUUACUCAAGGUUUGCAGAGAAUAAUGAACAGUGCUCUCUCUCUGCCCAUGAUGCCUAUUAGUAAACGUUUUCUGACUAUAAUGACGUCGAGCUUUAACUUGAUUAAUAUUGUUCCAGAACUGUGUGUAGAUUAUAAAUUGUUUGCAAGUGCAUAUUUUUUCAAUGGCUAGUCGCUUAUGUGUUUGGGACCUCCUUGUAAGACAUCUAAUAAUUUAUGUAAUACUUGGACAUGGAAUAAACUGUUUUUUCAUCCAUUAUUUAUUAUUUUAUCAGAAACUUCCAAUUAUGAUUUCAUCUUGAACCGUCUAGAACUGAACUGUUCAUUUAUUUUUUGGAAAAUGGAUUUUGGUGUUUUUCUAUGGAUAAAAUGAGUUUGUACGAUAUAUCUGUGAAUAUAAGUUGAUUCUUCUAUAUAAUAAGGAAAAAAACAAUCAAGUGAUGUGAUGUACUUAUGUUAUAAAUCUGACGAGCUUUCACUUAUAUGUGGGACAAGAAAGCAACUUACAAACUCUAGUCUGGAAGCAAAACUUGUGCCUGCUCUUCAGGACUCCAGUAGACGUUAUGGAUAACGGAAGAAUGUCAGGUGUAACUUGAACCUUGCGGACACGUACUUGAACAGGUUACAGGUGUCCACACGACUCAAGUUACAUUAUUGCGGUAGACUGCCUCCACUAACUAGAACAUCAACUGGAGUCGUGAAAAUUAUAGAUUACUAACUCAGACCUACACUCUUUCACGAAGAAGAGAGACUGAUUUGUAAAAAGAUCGUGUUAGUCAGUAAUAACUGAUUUCAGUCGCGGUUAAUAAUUCUAACUCUGAUCUGAAAGUAAAAAGCGCAUGUCAAUCAUAAUAAUUUUCUUACAGAUACCGUGUAUUGGAGAGUCUCUCCUUUCCAUGAAUAGAUGAUACAAUAUAAGUUAGAUACAAGAACUAAACCUUAUUUGUAACAACGGAUUUCGUGUGAUGAAAUAAAUUACUCUUUUGAAUUGACACGCUAUUGAUUUAAUUUCCACAUUGAAUAUGCAAAUCUUACUCUACUAAAACACCAAUUUAUACAUUAUAAAUUACUAAUCUAACAUCUAUCGAACUAAAAUUAUGUGCUUUUAAUUUUUGUAAUACUGAAUUAUUUGAGCUGUUAACUCUCAACUUACUUACACUUUAUGACUGUAAGUGAAAAUUAGAUUUACCAAAGAUAGGCUAUUUUACAUAAAAUUAAGAAGAAUAGUAUAAAUGUAGGUAUUAUGAAUAAAUGUGUGAAUGAUGGAAUUGAGUCAGAACUAUAACGCAACGUGGCUGAGUGGUCUGAGGAUUCGGAACUUCAGCCUGCUUUUAUGUAACUGGUCGUGAUUCAACCCGGGUACAUGGAUAUUUGAUCAUCUCAUCCAUGGCCCAUUGGAGUGUUGAUACAACACUAUCAUAGUAUCAACACUACAGUCGGCUAGUUCUCAUCUCAACACUCACUCACAAUCGAAAGCUUAAAGUGGACAUCGAAAAGCAAAAAAACAAUUCAAUAUAGUUGGAAUAAUUUUGAUAUUCGAUAAUGUUCAGUACUAACUGCUGUGUACUGGAGGAUCUCAUAUCUUCACAUGCCUAUUUUGACCAUUCCGUGAAAAUAAAUUGGAAGUUGAGACGUUCAGUUCAUCGAAACACGACAUAACCUGACAAGUUAUUUUUAAUUAGUUUCAAAGAUAAUAGGGUAGGUUGGAGGUUUAAGUUUUGCUUUUUAAUGGCAAUAUGCUGGUAUU